GGCUCCAGCGGAAAGUAGGUUAGCAGAGCUGUAGCAGGGACUAGCAGCCCAGGAGAGGGGCAGGUACCUAGAGGGGCCGAAGAGGCAGCUCCAGUCCCUGACCCAUAAUUAGGAGAGCAAAACACCACCGCAGAACAAGGACCCAAUCCUGGAGACUUAAUUUAUCAAGGGAAUUGCUGCUGUCCGAGGCACCUGCGCUGCGUGUUUUCAUGAUAUUCUCAGCAGAGCCCUAAGACCAGAAACCCCCAAGAUGCGAGCCCAAAUCGAAGUGAUCCCAUGUAAGAUCUGCGGAGACAAGUCUUCGGGGAUUCACUACGGCGUCAUCACCUGUGAAGGCUGUAAGGGUUUCUUCCGGAGAAGCCAGCAGAAUAAUGCCAGCUACUCCUGCUCGCGCCAGAGGAACUGUCUGAUCGACCGGACCAACCGGAACCGGUGCCAGCACUGCCGCCUGCAGAAAUGUCUGGCGCUGGGCAUGUCGCGUGACGCGGUGAAGUUUGGCCGCAUGUCCAAGAAGCAGCGGGACAGCCUGUAUGCAGAAGUGCAGAAGCACCAGCAGAACCAGGAACAGAACAGGGUCUCCAAGGAUGACUCCGAGGUCCUGGCACGGGUCUACCCCACCAGCGUGAGCAGCGGGGUCUCGGACCUGGACGACAUCUCCCUGCUGUCGGAUGGGCUCCUCUUUGACUUCCCCCUCACCCCUGAUGGAGGCAGCACCUACUACAACCUGGACCUCCUGACCUCGGCCCAGCCCUCGCCCGACCAGUCCAGCAUGGACGUCAGCGAUGCCAAGUUCAUCAAACAGGAGUCCAUCUACGAGCUGAUGCUGGAGCCCGGCCUCUUUGCCCACAGCACCCUGGAGGGCAGCCAGCUCGCCUCAGACAUUUCGAUGCUUGAGAUCGACCGGAUUGCUCAGAACGUAGUCAAGUCCCACCUGGAGACCUGCCAGUACACAACGGAGGAGCUCAAGAGGCUAGCAUGGAUGCUGUACACUCAGGAGGAGAUCAGGAGCUUGCAGAACAAGAGCUGCGAGACCAUGUGGCAGCAGUGCUCCCUGCAGAUCUCCAACGCCAUUCAGUACGUUGUGGAGUUCGCCAAGCGCAUCGACGGCUUCAUGGAGCUCUGCCAGAAUGACCAGAUCAUCCUCCUCAAAGCAGGUUGCCUGGAAGUGCUUCUGAUCCGAAUGAUUCGGGCAUUCAACCCUUUAAAUAACAUGGUGCUCUUCGAGGGGAAAUACGGCGGCAUGCAGAUGUUCAAGUCGCUUGGCUGCGACGACCUUAUCAACGCCGUCUUCGAGCUCGGGAGGAACCUGUGCCGGCUACAGCUCUCAGACGAGGAGAUUGCGCUGUUCACUGCAGCCGUCCUGCUCUCUCCAGAUCGCCCUUGGCUCACGGAAUCCAAGAAGGUGCAGAAGCUCCAGGACAAGAUCUACAUAGCCCUGCAGCACGAGAUCCAGAAGAAACACUCCAGUGAGGAUAAGCUCUCGAAGAUGAUUUCCAAGCUGCCCUUGAUGAAAACCAUCUGCAACCUGCACUUGGACAAGUUGGAGUUUUUCCGGCUCCUGCAUCCAGAGACCGCUAUGAACUUUCCGCCCCUGUACAAGGAAGUAUUCAACUCGGAGCUCCAGUACAGCGACCCACGAGAGAGCUAAGGCUCGGAGCAGCCAGACCCUGUGUCAUUUCCCAAAGUCUGGAGGGGAACAGAAACAUUGGGGGCCAGAGGAGGUUCAUUUAACUUAAAUAACCAAACCCGAGAGACCCUACAGGGUGAGGUGAUCUGCCCCUCUGCCCCACCUCCUCGCUGUGGUUUGCAAUAGCUCUUGAAUGUAAUGCACCUUGAAGGACAAGUGAACUGACUUUGCCAUACCGGUGAAAUGAAUGUGAAAUCUCCACUCCCUCGAGGAGACGCUCCAGUACCGUACCAACACCUUCCCUUAGUGCAUGAAUCACCAUGGGGCAUGCACACGCCCAUGCAACAAAGCAAAGGAGCCCAGCUGCCAGCACUCAUCCCAGGACCAGCCCUUGUUCUCCUCUUGUUUCAUAUGUAUUUGUUUGUUUUAAAUUAAAUAAAUGCCAGAAGGAUGGAAUGAAAAAGGGGCAAUACAGACUUGGUGGGAUAGGUGGCUAACCAAAACCAGGCAGGGGAUGGGAAGAGAAGUAGAGUCGGGAGUUGAAUUGGACUGAAGCUUGGAGGGAAAAGAAGACAAAAGUAGCAUCUUGCUCUUAAUGUGCCCUUGGCUUAAUGACUACCCAAGGAGCAGGGGGACAGAGCCAGGCCUGUAAUGACUGGACCACUCGGUGGAAAACACGGAAGUAGAAAUUCAACAUCGUAUCCCCUUAUGAAGAAUCUAGCAGGGUAACUGUCCAGAUCUAACCAGAAGGGAUGCUAGUGGGGUCUGCACAGGGGUAGACUCCCUGUGAUCAAUGGUUUGAAUGCAGGGUCAGCUGUUCCCAUCCCCCCUCCGAAUGCCAUACAUGUAAGUCUUUCAGGGAAGCCCCCGUCUGUCCUGUAUGAUCCUGGGCACUUUGUCUAAGAGAAGGGGUUUGCCUCUUUACCUGUGGCCAAAUACCACUCUCCGGUUCCUGUGUAGUGCUGCUGUGCGUUGCCCUCCCCAAGGCAGCUGUAUUUUAGAGGUGCUGUG